AUGAUGUAUUUUUUUACUGCGCCCCCGCCUUCCCUCGUUCGUUCUCUGUUCUUUCCCAUUCCGUGGCGUGGUGCCGUCCGGUCAAGCGCAUCUCGCGCGCGCGCUCUCGCUCGCUACAGCGCACUCGACGAGAGGCUUCAGCAGCGGCAGUCGCUGGUGGCGGCCAACGAGCUGGGGACGCUCCGGUCCGUUCGGGUGGCGCCGGGCGCGCUGGGGUUCUACUUGCGCUGGUUCAACCCGAGGUCGUAUAUGCGGGUACUGGUGCAUCUAGGCGGGUUAGUUACUUCCACACAGUAA